UUAGGCAAAUCAAACAAUUCUUCAGCGAAUUUAAAACUUAAAAUGGAGAAAGAGAAUGAAGAAAAGAAGGAAUUUGAUAAAUUAGUAUUCUCAGAUCAUGACGAAGAAUUUUCUAGCAGCAGGGAAGUCAAAACAGACCCUUCUAUUGAAGAACCAGCCACCUGUGAGUCAGAACACACAACGGCUCUCAAAACCAACUCUGAGCACGCGCUGUCACAUAGUCAGAGUGUUAUUUUUGAGACUAAUAGGAGGAACAGUGGCCGAUAUUUGGGGUUAAACCUAGACACCCCAAAGACAGAGAGUCCGACGCAGGAGGGAGACGGUUCUACUGCUGCUGCUGAAGGUACAGACGACAAAAAAGACCAAUACGAAGAUUCCCUCAAAGAGCUGAGCACACAGAGAGACGAGGCCCGCCGACUAAACAGGCAGCUGCAGAUGAAGCUGGCUCAAUACUUCCACAACACAGCCAUUGAUGGGGGCCAGCUGGGGAGAGGCAGGCCUGAGGAGGAGCAGCUACGGGAGUAUGAGCGGUCCGUCCAGGUCCUGUCUGAGCUGAAGCAGCAGCUCAGCACUGCUUCACAGACGGCCCAGCAGCAGGCAGAGGAGCUCAGGUCACAGGCCCGCGACAAGCUGGGGAAGGUGGAGGCAGAGUGGGAGGCUUUCCUUGCACUGAAGCGGGAUGCUGCGUUGGCGGCGCUGAGCCCCCACCUGGGGUCGGACCUGGCCCUGUCCAAAGUGCAGGCGGUGCUGACAGCGGAGCAGCUCCGGCAGAACCAGCUGACCAGGCUGCGUCUGAAGCACUUCUCACUGAGGUCCAGGAUCCAGAGGCUGGAGGCAGAGCUCCAUGGCCAGCACCCCCAGCGGGUCCAGUUGGAGGAGCUGCAGGCCAGCAUGCUGGAGAGGAAGAAACAGGCGGGAAGGGAAAGAGAUGAAUCCCUAAAGCUGCAGAGGAGGAUCAGCAGCAGCCUGGAGGUCCUGUCAAACGUCAGAGAGAAGCUGCUCUGGAGCCAGGUGGAGAUCCGGGCCAAGCGGCAGCAGCUGGCUGAGGUGGAGGUCCUGGUGGCGGAGAGGAGGGACGUCCUGACCCAAACCAGGCUGGAGCGGAACCGCCUGCAGAGAGCCAACGGCAGACUGAAGCAGCGCUUUGGGCUGCUGGGGGACGGAGACCUGCUGAUGGACUUGGAGCAGACGAUGGACGCCUCACAGCUUUUAGAGAAACAUCUGGAGGAGCUGAGGCUCAGGAAGGCCGAGGUUACCUCCAGGUGUGGGGCGGGGAGGGGCAAACCACAGUCAUUUCAGGGGUAGACCCUAAGCUUUUUUUUUUUAAAUUUUAUUUUAUUU